GAGGAGGUGUGCGUCCUCACUUGACACACUGGCUACACGAAGCGAACAGGCGCCUCGUGUUCCACAGGCGCCUUCUGCUGGGGCCAGGUCGUCUGCCUUCGCUCCCAAAGCAGCCUGUAGGUCUUUCCUAAGCUUGAUCUUUCCUUCUUCAAGCCUGGGAACUCCUUGUGAGCUGGCGCAACCAAGGCGCUGCUCAUUCGCCUGAUGCACAAUUCUGCGCAGCACUGCAAAGAAACCCCAGUGUAACUCCAGUUUGUUGAAGUGUAUCAACAAAGUCUGACUCCAUUUGGGUCUGUUUCACUGGGAUUUCCCCUAUUCUCAAAGGUUUCUUCUAGUUUGAAGGGUUUCCCCUCUGACCUGCUCUCUGUGUUGAUCAACCCUUCAAGCUCCAGCUCACAAUGGAGGGACACACAUUCUCUGUAUACCGGGGAAUCAUUGAUGAAGUCCUGGAGAAAGCAAGGGCUGACUUUCAGGCUGAGGGAGCGGACGAGCGCGUCCUGGACGAACUGCGAAUGAUGUGGGAGAAUAAGCUCCUCAUGACGAAUGCAAUCCAGCCAGCAGGGGUGCUGGUUGAGGAAAAACCCGUCCAAGCAGCCCUGGAAGCCCCUCCCCAGAACGCCUUCUUUCCAACAGACCUCAACUACCCCCCUCCACCGGACCUGCCGACUCAAGAAUAUGUCUCUGUUCCACACUCUGGAAGGGGCGAAGCUAGCAGCAGCGCUGCUGGGGGGGAGGACAAGCCGUCUACGUCUGCCAACGAGGGCCUCCAAGACGUCAAGCGGAGGCGCCUCUCCGAGCUCGGGCCCGGCCUAGAAAACGCUGCGGACGGCUUAGCGUCCGCAUCCGUUCCGUCCGUUGGCGUGACGGUGGGGUCGGACGGAUUGCGGAUACGAGGGGGCGGGGGGGGCGACGAGGACGAUGAGGAAGAUUACAACGAGGAGGAGCCGGAGAAGCCGCCAGAAGUGAAAGAGGAGGUGCGGGCUUUGGAGGAACUAGAGGUGGCGGGCGCCGAGGAGGAUGAUUUGAACGAGCUCGAUGACGAGGAGGAGCAAAAGGAAGAGGAGGACGACGAAGCGGAGGCGACCGCAAACAUCGUGUUGGCGCAGUUCGAGAAGGUGACUCGGUCGAAGAACAAGUGGAAGUGCACGCUCAAGGAGGGCGUGAUCAAGCUGAACGGAAGGGACAUUCUUUUCAACAAGGCAAAUGGAGAGUUUGUCUGGUAAGACGGUCGUUCAAAGGGCCAGAGGGAGAGCGUUGCAAUAGGUCGGGGCUCCGAGACUAACGACGGCCUUGCGGAAUCGAUCACAUUCUUGUCCUACGGCCUAGGCUCAUACAUUAGGCAGACGCGGUCACAGAACUCUUUCCUUUGAUGGGCCUUAGGUUUGCUUUUGAACAGGAUUGCUUUGGCCCUUUGUAGGCCCGAGACUGAGCGAGGCUUUUCAGUGCAGAGCUUCGGUCCCCCUGACUCACGAGGUGGUUCAUUUGUUUGAUUGCCGCCAUGGAUAUGCAAUGGUUAGGGAGCACGCUGACCUCGAUUGGUAUCAUACCAUAGUAUGGUGACAAAUCUGAUGAUGCCGCGCCAGAUCGUCAGACUGCGCAAUAUUGCACUGAAUCAUUGAG